UACUACGAGCUGAGAGGAGUCGAGCAGCAGCAGCGGCAUGACAACACAAACUAACUCUGUGGACUGAGAGCUCACUGUCACAGGAGGAAUUCACCGCUCGGUACCAAACCCUCUGAAGUCUCCCUCAAAUAUCCACAGACAAAACAUCUGUAGAGGAGAAAGACAUUUUGAAAUCUUCUUCUGUGGAGGAGGAUUUUUUUGGGGUGAAAAGGUGAAGACCGGCGGCAGCGUCGAAUAAGCUCGUCUGUGGAGGAAACCAAAAACACAACACAGGAGGAGUAGAGAAGUUUUGACUGCUGCUGCACAGAGAGCCGUGUCUUUGUGUGAAGAAGAAGAAAGAGAAGAAGAAGAGUCAUUCUCGGUUUAUAGCUGCUGGGAUCUGUCUGUAGUAUCAGCCAGACCAAUAAAAGUGUCCCGGAGCAGUCUUGGAGAGGACGUGGCCGAGGCAGAUUCUCCAGCAGAGUGGAGCUGCUGACUGAAUGCAAAGGAAACACUGAAAGCCGUUCUCCAGACCUCCCUGCAGCUUCAGGGGAGAUUGUCAGAUGUGUACCCAGCACUCAAAGCCCCUGGCCUGGCCGCGGCGGGGAUGGCAGCCUCUGCCCUGAACCUGAACGGCCUUGGAGUCAUGAACAGCAGUAACCAGUUUCACACCCAGCAAGGCUCCUCUAGUACCACCUCUCGAACUAGAACCAGUCCAGUUGGUCGACCCGUGCUGCCGGUUCCAGAUCGGAGCACCUACUGUCAGUUACUUGGUGGGGGAGCACCAGGUGGAGGUCUCUACAGCCCAACCAGCCCUAAGACGAGCCCCCGAGCCCUGGGUCGGACCUUUGUCUUCCCCUCUUCGUCCUCGCUCUCCCCCAGCCCCACCCCUCGUGCUCGCUCCCCCUCCCCACGAAGCCCGGAGCUCUUGGGAGUCAAUGUGGGCCAGCGGGUCCGACGACUGAGCUCUCCCGGCUGUGAGGAGAGAGGGGAAGGAGAAGGGCAGGAGGAGAGGGGAGGAGAGACGGGAGGAGGAGAGAGGCGAGAGGACAGGAGACGCCAGGCGCAGCUGCUGCAGAUACACAGAGAGCUGCAGAACGUUGAGGUCAGGGGAAAAGUGGGAAUUUUCGAGGCCCACAUAUCCGGAAUUCGUGCCCAAGUGCUUAACACUGAGCUCCAACGCAGCCCUCGGUCUCCAAGACGAGCAACUAGCCAAACCCCGUCCUCUCCCAGCCAACAAAACGCAGGCCUUGAAUGCCCAAUGACCCACCCGCAAGAAAGUAAAGUUCCCUGUGUUGUCCAAAAUGGAAGAGAAAGGGAGGAGGACACAAUGGAAGAAGAAAGGAGAGAAAGAGGAAAGAAAGACGAUGAGGACAGUGAUACUAAAACAAACACAGACAAGACACUCAUUGGUCAAAAUGGUCGGCAUACGGAAAUAAUGCAAACUCCCUGUUUAGAUGGACCGUUUGUUGCUCAGGGUUCCCUUGAGACAUUAAACCCAGAUGCAACAACAGAUGGAGAGAAAAAAGAGGGAGAAAGACUGAGAGAAAAAGACAGAGGGGAGGUAGAAAACAAACAAAUGUUGGAAGAUGAAAGACAACGGACACAGAGGGAUGUGAGAGAUGAGACAGCGGACUGGUCUUGUCCUGAGAUGCUGACAGAGGCAAACAGGUCAGAGGUUAACCCAGAGACCGAUGCUUUACCUCGGGCACAAAACAGUGAGAGCACCCCGUGCUUACAGGACAUCACCGAUCACACCUCCAACCACUCGCCCUCCAUCCCUCCCUCCAUCCCUGCAGUCAUAAUAACUGACCACGGUUUGGAAAGCCAGCCUCAAACUUCUGAAGUUCCCGGCUCAGACCAGGGACUAGGCUGCCACCCUAGCCCCAGUUCUAGCCCUAUCCCGGGGCCAAACUCCAACCGCUCCCUCAGGAAGCUGUCAUCCUCCUCUGCCUCCUCGGCUGGGUUCUCCUCAUCUUGGGAAGAGUCGGAGGAGGAUAUUUCCAGUGACACAGAGAAAGGAGAUCAGCUUCUCAACCCUGCAGUCCUCACGUCUCAACAGAGAGCGCACAAGUCUUGGAAGAAGAUCAAAAACAUGGUCCACUGGUCACCGUUUGUCAUGUCCUUUAAGAAGAAAUAUCCCUGGAUACAACUGGCUGGACAUGCAGGAAGCUUCAAGGCAGGAGCCAACGGCCGUAUAUUAAAAAAACACUGUGAUUGUGAGCAGCGCUGUUUGUCCCUCCUGAUGAGGGAUGUACUACGUCCGUAUGUCCCUGGUUACCAUGGAGACGUAGAGAAGGACGGCCAGAAAUAUAACCAGAUGGAGGAUCUGCUGGCUGAGUUUGAUUUCCCGUGUGUGAUGGACUGCAAGAUGGGAGUGAGGACCUACCUGGAGGAAGAGCUGACCAAGGCUCGUAAGAAACCCUCCCCAAGACCCGACAUGUAUCAGAAAAUGAUCGAGGUCGAUCCUGACGCGCCGACGCCAGAGGAAAACCUCCAGAAAGCAGUGACCAAACCCAGAUACAUGCAGUGGAGGGAGACCAUCAGCUCAACAGCCACCCUGGGGUUUAGGAUAGAAGGAGUCAAGAAGGAAGACGGGACGGUGAACAGGGAUUUUAAGAAAACAAAGACGAGAGAACAAGUCACUGCAGCCUUCAACGACUUUGUCAAAGGAAAUAAGGACAUACUGAACGGUUAUCUAAACAGGCUGAAGGAAGUCAGAGACACUCUGGAGAUCUCCCCGUUCUUCAAAACCCACGAGGUGAUUGGCAGCUCCUUGUUAUUUGUUCACGACAGUAAGGGACGGGCCAAGGUCUGGAUGAUCGACUUUGGGAAAACCACACCUCUUCCUGAAGGACAAGAGCUAACCCACCGAGCAGCGUGGGUGGAGGGCAACAGAGAAGACGGUUACCUUUCUGGACUUGAUAGUUUGGUGGACAUCAUUUUAUCCAUGGUGAAUUCUGAGACUUGAAGUCUGAGGGUUUGAAAAAAAAUCCAAGUGAACAUUUGGACACACAACAACCACUUCCAUUCAUUCUUCCUUUCUCUCGGGAACACUUUGGACUUCCUCAAGGAUUCCUUCACAGACGUUUGUCGUCAUGUUAGAAACCACAUCAUCCUGUAACAAUGCGUGGUCAAAUCCAUUCAUAGAUGCAACCUUCCUGUUCAUGUCCAGUGGAUUUCAGGAUCUUGCUCUUUCCCAUCCAUAGAACUUUUGAUGUGAUCCUUAAACCCUGAAAACCAACAGGCCUUUUCACAGCAGACAUUUUAACUUUAAACAUUAAAGAUGGCUUAGUUCCAUUAAGUGUCUCAGUAAGCCAUCCCUGUAAACCAGCAUUAACAGAACCUUUAAUGUUAUUUGUUACAACCGUGUUUUUUCUGCGAGGAUGUCGAAAUGUCUGCUGUGAAAAAGGUUCUUUUUUUAAAAUGCAUUUUACCUGCAAGACAACAUUUUCACUAAAGGAAUUCUCUUUAAAAGCAAAAAAAAAUGUAAUUCAAAUUGAAGGCUAAGGCUGGUGAUAUUUUUAUACUUUAUUUAUUGUAAACAAAUCCCACAAAAAGACCGAAAACAAUGUGUUUGUCUUCCAAUACCUGUCUGUGGCUCUCAGCCCCAAGCCCAUCAGAUCCUGCUGAAGACAUAAUAUUUUUGAAUUUUAUUAUUUUUUUAAAACUAAAAUGGUACUCAGAGAGCGCAAUCCUCUGUCAAGACCAAAUGCCCUAUCUCACAAUGUUGAAGGUGCAAUAUACAACAUUCAGAACAUUAACUAAGCAGCAAACUACUAUUAGAUUCUAGAUUCGAGAAGUUUAUUGUCAUAUGAACAGUAACACCAUACUAUGAAAUUCUUAAUAAUGCUUCUUAAUGAUAAUUUCAAUUAAUACAUUUAGGAUUAAAGUUAGAUUUUAAGAAAAAAAUGAAAUAAUUAAUAAGCCUCAAUGGCCAGCUUAUUGGCCAGCAUGCACGGGAGAACAGUGCUCAGUCCGCCAUAUGAUAAGAGUAUUAGCUCUGUCAGCACUGUUGCUGCUGUUAGCACUGCUGAUAACAAGGCCAUCCCACCACCAUACAUUGGGAUGGCCUCAUCUUUGAAGCAUAACGCCCACCCUCCAUUCCAUCCCCUUCUGUGUUGUCCUGGCGACUGUAAGCAAACCCUCAUUAACACAGAUAGCUCUGUUAGCACUGUUGCCGUUGUUAGCACUGCUCUACCAGACGCCACCAUUUCAGCUCAGCCACCUCCAUGUUUGCCUGUGAUGUCCAAGAUGAGAGCCAUGUGCACUCCUGGCUCAGACUGUGAAUGUUGUAUAUUGCAAAGUGAAAAGUAGUUUGGGUAUCUGCCCUGUGAUUUGGAUCCACUUCAAAUUUCAGUGACUUCUUCAUCACCCUUCCAACAUGUUUAAUGAAAAUUGAGCCAGUGAUUUUUCCAAAAUCUUGCUGCCAAACAGACAAGCGCACAAACCGAGCCAAAUAUGUAACCUCCUUGUCGGAUGUAAAAAUGGAUCGCAAAAAUAUAUGUUUUAAUGUUUUUUAAAAGAUAAAAUAAUUCUCUGAAACUGCUGUACACUGCAGUUUUAGCAAACGUAUCCCAAACAGGGAGAAAUAGUGCAUUUGUUGGGAACUAUUUUCAGCUGCGGAUUAAUACACAUUUUGGUGUGCUAGUGAAUGUGAGGGAUCAGCUAAAAUAAAAAGCCCAACAGUGCCCAUGUUCAUUGUAAUGAAUGAAUAUGUCACCCAGUGCAACAGUAGGUGCAUUUCCAUCCAUGCAUUACAUUUGAAUGGAAACCAAACUACAGUGUGGCUCAUUAAUGUGUCCCUUAUUUGUGUUUUUGGACAAAGAUGGAGCACUAUGGCACAGAGGAAUAAGCUUCACCAGCCUUUUGAUACACAGAUAAAAGUUAAAGGACCGGUUGAUUGUUGCUUUUGGUCUUUUUGUGGGAUUUGUUGAUAGUAAAAAAGAUUCAGGAAGAAAAUGUCACCAGAAUCAGAAUUUAAAGCCACUAUGUGUGGAAUUUGAACAUGUCUGACUUUGCUGCCCCCUGGUGGUUGUAGCAAAAAAGACUGAUUUUUCUAAAUUCUAAUUUCUAAACUUCCAUAUUUGACCUUAAUGCUCCUCAGCUCUCAUGACUUUUAUACAACGUAACUUAGAUUAAUCUCCAUUCAGUCAGAGGUAGAUUUUAUUUUUCCUCAGCAUAUCUGAAAUCAAUUUUAUUAGAUUCUUUUUUCACCACAACUUCAGCACACUGCCUGUUUCUUUUAAAAAACAAUCUGCACUUGAUUACAUUUCAGCCUGUUAGAGAUUGUACAGUUGAGUGUGUUUUACAGUGAAAAACAAAACUAGUCUUUUAAGCUGUUUUUAACUUCUGUUUUUAACCCGUCACACUUAGACUUUAGAUACUGCAGGUUGGUCAGUGAGGUUUUCAGUGGCAGCCAUGUUUGCUCCACAAUAAUCUGGCAGUAACUGGCAAUUAUGUGGAGCUAAAUGAUACAUCUCACAGUAGAUUCAGUAUGUUAUGGAGGGCAUUGUUUUUACAUGUAACAUAUUUGCAGCCAACAUGGCGUCUGGAGGACUUCCCUGGCCAAACACGUCUCACCCUUCUCACACUUUUUGUUGGGAUUGUUCACAGUGUACAAUAGAGUUUAUUAUGUUUGAUGUAGUUUUUGUAACGUUAUUUUUAGUGUACUCAAAUCCUGUGGAACACUUACAGCCAUGAACAAUCUUAUUUAAGCUAUACGGUGCCUUGACAUUACAAAGCCAAGUCAGACAACUGAAAAUAUGUUCUUACUUUAAAUGUUACGAUGAACUCUUCUCCUAGUCUUAACUGUCGGUUUCUGUGCGUAGUCUUGGGUGCAUGUUUAUUAUCCUCUUGAAGUUUGGGCUUAAUUUGUAUUUCAGUCUGUUUUUAUUUAUAACAUUAUAUUAUGUUUUUGUUUUUUAGCUCAUGGGAUACUGUGACAUUUUGAAUUUUGGGCUGUUGUUUUGUUUUCAAGCAUGUGUUACAGUAUGAGAGAAAGUCCAAUUGUGAGGCGAGACAUUGUUCUAAACAUUUGCUAUAGAAAAGAUUGAUGAAGUUAAGAUAAUGAUACCCAUUUAUUUCAAUGUGGAAUGCAAACAUUAAUUUAGAAACUGGUCGGGCAGAUAAGGGAGAAAAAAAUGUCUCAUAAUGUAACAGGUUCUUGAUGAAUUAAAGGUAAAUGGUAUGUAGGUCCCACUCUACCAUAUAUUUAAAAUGCCAUGGUUUUCAGUUGAUGUUUGCAGUGACAGUAGACGCAGAAAGAGACUGAUUAUAAUUCCAUGCAGUGCCUUCUUAAAGAAGUAGUUCCUCAUUUUGGGAAACGCUCGUUUGCUUUUUUGCCGAGAGUUGCAUGAGAAGAUUGAUACUCCUUUCAUGUGUGCUUAGCUUAGCUUAGCAUAACGACUGGAAAUGGGGAAAAACAAGUUCCUUAAUUAAACACUCAAGAUAUGAUGUGUUAAACUGGGAAUAGACAUCUUGCCUUAUCAUUAUGAAGUAAAUGCUGAUAGCACAAUGUAAUGGCGACAGAAUAAUGACAUCAUCAGCAUUUAGAUUGGUUCCCUGUGAGCCUUGCUUUCACUAUGCAAUUCUGUGAAGCAGCAUCCACAUUCGUUUGAAGCCUACACACAGUGUUGCCGACUCUUUUCAAAUGAAGGUAGCUAGCAUCAGCUCCGAAAGUUGCCAGAAAAUGUCACACUCUCAUUUGGGUAUUGGUGACAUCUUCGUGCAUUAAUGGAAUUAUUAAAACUUUGCUGAAUCUGAUUCAAUAGAAGAAUCCCCAACAUAACAUUUGAAUCCAUGAUAGCUAGGGUGCUUGUACUGUAGUGCACCACUCCGUGCUUCCAAUCAUAAGAGCGAGAAUGUCAGUAUACCCAUAAAAACUCACUACAGCUAAACUCCCACUUUGAGUGGUGUCUCCUCUCUCCUCCGAUGAGUAGAGCAGGGGAGACACCUCGUGCUGAUGGUGGAAGAGCCAUAGACUGCAAUUACUCUGAUCAGCAUACAUGGGAGUUAACUACAAUAUAAUAAUAUAUAUUAAACAAUAUAGUAAUGUCAAAUUUACCUGUCAGUUUUUAGAAAUAUAGUCGAUAAGAAGGUCUGAGAAGUUGCUAAAUCUUGCAACAAGUUGCCAUGUUGGCAACACUGGCCGACAUGACAUACCCCUACAAACCACUCCCACCACCAGUACAAGAUGAACCCACCAACGUGACGGCUAUUUAAACCUUGCUACAAUGCGAAGUUGCAGUGAACAAAUAUGAGGCCAAAUGUAGCAGUAUUUGACUUGAGAAUUUGUUAUACAUGAAGAUGCGAUUCAUCUUAUAGGUAGUGAGAUAUAUUCCUUUCCGUAACCCUAACUACCUCUCUUAUAACCCUAAAACUUAAUUUUUUUUUUAGCAAACUAAAUGCUAGCUUAGCAUUUUCUUCAGGGCUGCCACUUCUGGACCAAGAGACGAAUGAGGCUCAUCGUGGUCUGUCAUGUAGGUAUAGCCGGUGGAUCAUGUAUCUGGUGGGUAGGUCACAUAGCUGUCAUAGAUGAAUAAAGGGAACUGGACAUGGCGUUUGAGGAAGUUGUUGCUCAGGGGCGCAAGUCCACCUGCUGUGUAUAAAAUUACCCAAAUGAUCGGCAUCGCUUUCACCCUGUGCGGCCAAUAGAGCAGGCGCACUGGAGACUUCUGCCAGACAAGCCGGCUGCUUCCUGUUAGGGGCUCUGCCAACUUGAAUGUGGGUAAAAGGAUUCAAUCGUGCAGCUCAUCUCAUCUUUCCAAAUGUUAUUGCACCGAAAAUGAGGGUUUGAUUUACAGCACAAAGGAAGUAUGUAAACCAUUGUGCAACCAAAACAGAAAGAGAAUAGUGGUUUUGUGUUCUUCAAUAUUUGUCAGUAGCUAUCCUGGAUUAUAAAAGAGUAUCAGUGUAAGUUCUUUGCAGUUACUAUUCUCAGCUGUGGAAACGGUGGACACUGGAACAACCGAAGUAACUUUUAAGUUAGCGGGUUGUCGGUAGUUGCCAAGUACUGAGGAAAAUGAAAAGCAAUCCGCUAACGGGGAAAAAGGAUGCCUGUUUCCACUUUUAUUUAUAAUUUUAUGUAGUUAUGGGUAGGCAGAUUUCACUACCCUUGGACAGAGGCUAACUGUUUUCCUGUUUCCAGUCUUUAUGCUAAGCUAAGCUAACCAGCUCUUGGCUGCAGCUUCAUUUUGAACAGACAGGUAUGAAUGUGCUAUCACCUUUCCCAAAAUGUUAAACUAUUCCUUUAAGACCAACCAUCUUAGCUCUUGCUUAUGCUCCCCAGUGUGCACUUAGGGUUGUUUGUUAGUAGGUAUUAUAUUGUUCUGGUUUUGCCGGCUUGUGUAUUUAUUUGGAUUGUUCCUUUAAAGAAGUGUGUAUUUGGUGAAAA